CUUGACAGAAUCAUCCCAUUAUAAUUGUAAUUAAAUAUUCACUUAUCAUUUCGAUAAGCCAACCACUAUCAUGUGCUUGUCACGAUAAGGCUCGAAUAUGUAUAACUACCAAACGCCCCUGGUCCACUUGUCCAGUUUGUUCGCUAACACAACAGUGGUAACAAUUGCAAAUUAUUUAGUCUUUAAAAUGGCGAGAUUAUUGUUCGAUAAGUUGCUAAUUUUCGUCAUAAUUGGAAACAUCGUUUCCGCGCAGGAGAAUGUGAUCCCACCAGAGUUACAGGUGGAUAUUGAUGCCCUGUCGAGUUCAUGGAUGACCUUGCAAAAUACUCCAGGACUUGGUCUCGCCAUCACGAGAGGGGCCGGAGAACUCGUAUACGCGAGAGGUUAUGGCUUCCGAGAUGUCGAAAAUAGACUUCAAGUCGAUCCAACGACUUUAUUUGGGAUCGGAUCCAUUACGAAGAGUUUUACGGCCACCGUGGUAAUCAAGAAGUUGAAUGAAAUGUUCCCGGAAUUGGACGUGGCUGUUUUGGACACCCCGAUUCGAGUGUUAGCACCUGGAUAUAAUUUUAUCUUGAGUGACAGAUAUCGAACGGGGAGUACGACCUUCCGUGACCUUUUGUCCCACAAGGUGUGCACAUUUCCAGAAUUGACAGGCAUGUUUGUUCAAUCUUACACCGGUUCGGAUGAUAUGUAUUAUCGACACCGCUACGCUCCCGAGUUCUGCAGCUUCCGAAACGGCUUCGCCUACAACAAUGGGUUGAUCGGGAUGGCUGGAGAUAUCAUUGCGCACAUGGGAAACACAACCUUUACCGAUAUGUUGUCCGAAUUACUUGUCGCCAUUGGGAUGAAUGAGACGACCUGGGUGAAGGACACCGACGACCACAAUAACAUGAUGGGUCGCUCAGUUCCAUACAUAUGGAAGGAUGGCGGACUCCUCCGCUACAAUCCGGAAUUGCUCAAGUCCGUAGUGAUUGUAAAUGCUGCCGGGGGAAUUUUAAGUUCUCCUCUAGAUAUGAUCAAGUAUAUGCAAUUUCAUCUGAAUCUGGGCAAAGUAGGAGACCAGCAGAUCGUCCCAGAGAACGUCAUGAGCUGGUUGACCACACCAUCCAACAUGCAAUUUCGCGGCGUCAUCAAAACCGGAGAUAAUCCAAACGCCACAGUCGACCUGAACGUGGCGUAUAGCCUUUGUCUCAAUGUAGGAAUUUAUGAUGGUUGGCUUCGCCUGAGUCAUGGUGGCUACAUCACUCCGUACGAAAGUUCGAUGCAUAUCUUCCCAACGCUGAACUUGGGCAUCUUCAUUGUUAUGAAUGGACCUGGCUCAGUUUCCGGGACUCUGUACCCCCUCAAUAUUUUAGUGAACGAUAUUUUCGACACACUUCAAGGAAAUGCAAAGCGGAGUUCACACAUUGCCCCAGUUGGUCAACCCUCCGACCUAACCGUUGGACCGUACCCGGUUCGAAGAAGGUAUGCAAAUGAUAAUCAAGUAAAUGUAGGAGCCGAAUUGAAAAUUGAGCCGGAAGAGGCUGUCGGUCUUUUUGGGAGUGGUUUUAACGGCGAGAUGAACAUCACGAUGCGGACGAAUCUGGACGGAGUGCCACAAUUGUACGUGGAGUACGGCAUUUGGGGUCAUGGUUGGCUAACGCAGAGUUCAAAUGCAACAUUUACCAUUGCAUGGGAUACUGACUACUGGAUGAUGUCGUGGUCCAAUCAGGUCGGGGCGACGGAAGUGACUUUGUACUUCGUAGAUGUGGACACGAUCCAAUAUUUGGAAGCGGGAUUUCAAAGUGCUACCAAUUUUGAGAGAGGAUUACGACUCGAUGACCUCCCAGAAAUUCCAUACGCACCCGAUAGUUGUGGAUUGUAGGGAACGGGAAAAUAUUUAUAAAAUAAGAAAUUAAACUAAGUAUGAAAUAUUGUUUUUUGAAUUUUCAAGCAUGCGAGUGUGAUUUGACAAUUAUCAUACUUAUGUAUUUAUUUUGCAACGCACAGGACCGUUAACAAACUUAAUAUAAAACUAGCUUUCCCCCGGCGCCUUGCGCCGAGAAAUAACAAAAACUACACUCUGGUAUUUCAUUUUAUAUGUAUGCAAUAUUUAUAUAUUGAUUACUAAAUGAACCUCUACCUGUCCACUCCUCUCACCAAUUUCUCAAAUAUCUACCUCUCCCUCACCUCCCGUCUCGCCAAUUUCUCAAAUAUCUACCUCUCCCUCACCUCCCGUCUCGCCAAUUUCUCAAAUAUCUACCUCUCCCUCACCUCCCGUCUCACCAAUUUCUCAAAUAUCUCCCUCCCCUCCCCUCCCACCAAUUUCUCAAAUAUCUACCUCUACCUGUCCACUCCUCCAACCAAUUUCUCAAAUUUCCACCUCUCCUCUCACCAAUUUCUCAAAUUUCUACCUCUCCCUCUCCUCCCUUCUCACCAAUUUCUCAAAUUUCAACCUCCCCUCCCACCAAUUUCUCAAAUUUCUACC